GCCGGUAAAUUACCCGGAUGUGAUAGGCCAUGUGCAGUCCCAUCUCCGAGGCUCACUUGCUCCAUACUGCUGUCCUCUCCUCCAGUCGUUAUAUCAUUCCGUGUUGUAGACCUUGUAGCGACUACAAGCUCUUUACCGCAGAAAGAUGUUUCGUUUACCAACAAUCAUGAAACAGGUGAGGCCUGUGUGCAGGGCACUGGCUCCUCAUCUAACAAGAGCUUAUGCAAAGGAUGUCAAGUUUGGAGCUGAUGCUCGUGCCCUCAUGCUCCAGGGAGUUGAUCUGCUGGCUGAUGCAGUGGCUGUCACCAUGGGUCCAAAGGGUCGCACUGUCAUCAUUGAGCAGAGCUGGGGGAGCCCUAAGGUCACCAAGGAUGGUGUGACAGUAGCUAAGAGCAUUGACCUGAAGGACAAGUACAAGAACAUUGGUGCCAAACUUGUUCAGGAUGUGGCCAACAACACCAACGAGGAGGCUGGAGAUGGCACCACCACUGCAACAGUGCUGGCUCGUGCCAUUGCCAAGGAGGGCUUUGACACCAUCAGCAAAGGUGCAAAUCCAGUGGAGAUCCGACGUGGUGUUAUGAUGGCUGUAGAGACCAUUAUUAAUGAGCUGAAGAGGCUUUCCAAACCAGUGACAACCCCUGAGGAGAUUGCUCAGGUUGCUACAAUCUCAGCCAAUGGAGAUGUGGAGAUUGGCAAUAUCAUAUCGAAUGCCAUGAAGAAAGUUGGCCGCAAAGGAGUCAUCACUGUCAAGGAUGGAAAGACACUACAUGAUGAGCUGGAGAUCAUUGAGGGCAUGAAAUUUGACCGUGGUUACAUCUCACCUUAUUUCAUCAACACUGCCAAAGGUCAGAAGUGUGAAUUUCAGGAUGCCUAUCUGCUGUUGAGUGAGAAGAAGAUCUCAAGUGUCCAGAGCAUUGUGCCUGCCCUGGAGAUCGCCAACCAGCACCGUAGACCACUGGUCAUUGUAGCCGAGGAUGUAGAUGGAGAGGCUCUCAGCACCUUGGUUCUUAAUAGGCUCAAGGUUGGGCUCCAGGUGGUAGCAGUUAAAGCCCCAGGUUUUGGAGACAACAGGAAAAACCAGCUGAGAGAUAUGGCCAUCGCCACUGGGGGCACUGUGUUUGGAGAUGAGGCUAUUGGUCUGGCUCUUGAAGACAUCCAGGCUCACGACUUUGGCAAAGUUGGCGAGGUCCAGGUGACUAAAGAUGACACCCUGCUGCUGAAGGGAGGAGGAAACCCAGCUGAGAUUGAGAAACGGGCAACAGAGAUCGCAGAGCAGCUGGAGAGCACGACCAGUGACUACGAGAAGGAGAAAUUCAACGAGAGGCUGGCCAAGCUGUCCGACGGCGUGGCUGUGCUGAAGAUUGGAGGAACCAGUGAUGUGGAAGUGAAUGAGAAGAAGGACCGUGUGACUGAUGCCCUGAACGCCACACGAGCAGCUGUGGAGGAGGGCAUUGUGCCUGGUGGAGGCUGUGCCCUGCUGCGUUGCAUUCCUUCACUUGACAGCCUCACACCUGCAAACGCUGACCAGAAAAUUGGUAUUGAGAUCAUCAAAAGGGCGCUCCGCAUCCCUGCCAUGACCAUCGCUAAGAACGCAGGUGUGGAGGGCUCACUAGUGGUGGAGAAGAUCCUGCAGGGACCAGCGGAGGUGGGCUACGAUGCCAUGCUGGGAGAAUAUGUCAACAUGGUGGAGAAGGGCAUCAUUGAUCCCACCAAGGUUGUGAGGACGGCACUUCUGGACGCUGCAGGAGUAGCGUCGCUCCUCUCCACCGCCGAGGCCGUCGUCACAGAGAUCCCGAAGGAGGAGAAGGAGAUGCCAGGAGGUGGCAUGGGUGGAAUGGGCGGAAUGGGUGGAAUGGGCGGUGGCAUGGGUUUCUAAGCCAACCUUUCUGACAUGCUGUACAGACUAAUAGGCAGAGUGGUGCGGGGGGGUGGCAGAGGAGGGAAACAAUCCUCAAGAACCUGCACCCACCUCCACCAAACAUUGCCCAUACUGACUCUGACUGGCCAUGAGUAUGCUGGAGCUACAUGUGGUUCAUGAUGAUCCCCACUACUUCACACGAGUCCGCCCCCCGCCUCAACAAGGAGCCGGCCUCGCCUGACUCUAUGCUUUUCUGUCCCAUCCACCCAGUCUCCUCAAAUACUGGAUUUUAGAGUCCAAAAAGCCCAGUCACUGCACCAGAACCAUCUUCAUGCCUCUGCUCAGUAACUCCAGUGGCUCUGUUCAGUGAAACAUCAACAUAUGCACAAUAUUCAUAAUGUCGAAUGCUCACCAGAAAGAAAAACCUUAAUAUAGGUGAUGCCAUUUUGAUUUUUAUGACUAAAAUGCUCCUAAAAGAAUCUAACAAAGUAUACAUAUUGCAGAAGAGAAGAAUAAGCCAGGAAUGUGUCACUGUGUCCUUUAGUUUUGUUGUAUUAAUUCUUUGUUUUUUUGUUUUUUUAUAUAUGUCAUGGUUUUGGCCAUUUAGUAUUAUUGGUGCAAAAUCUGUCAUGUUGUUGAUUAAAUCAAUUUUGUUACAAAGCUGAGCAUUUUCUGUCACUCACUGUUAUGACAUUACUGAUCUGGUGAUGGAGGGUUGAUCCUGUUUGAUGUUUCCAUGUCACUUUUUCUACUUGAUUGGAUGAAGAGUGCCUAAAUUCUAAGUAUCACCAGGGGCCUAUCUAUGUAAAGGAAAGAAAAAAAAGUUUACUGCGAUUGUCGGCUUUGUUAGUCUUCGGAAGUCCCAUUAAUACUUGCAGCGGUGCAUUUUUCAUGUGAUUGCCCUUCAUAGGGUCGGCUAAGUGUUGAGUUUACUACACACGGAUGAUUGUACGUGUGAGGGGACGAGGAGGCUGAUGAGCCAGCGAGGUCAGGCUCUAGUUACAAAGCUGAUUGGACCAUUCAAGGUCUCCACUAAAAGUCUAAAUGUGAAAAGGUGGUGUCCUUGUGUUUAGCAUUGACUUAGUUUGUUUGACAGCUCACAUCUCCCCUCACACACUCUGCUUUAGCUUGAAGUCAUAAGUGGCUGUGUAGGCAGGAGAACUACAGAAAUGACAUGAAGAAUAGCUGGUGUUUCAUUAUCAUUACACUAUCCCUCGACAGAAAAGCGGUAAUCAUACAACCUCUGUUUUGUAUAAUGUAGUCAUUGUGAUUAUUUCUUUUUUAUUUAAUAAAUACAAUUGUUCUGAUGUA